AUACACACAGAGGAGCUAUUGUUGGUCCAGGACUGUGGCAGGUCGUGUCAGGGUGUUCGUACUCGCCCCCCUCACCACCUGUUGGAAGAUUUAAUAAACUCAGGUCGCGGACGGAAAUUUCAAAACGCUCGUCUGUGCGCAGGUGAGGACAGGAAAAAUAGUUGGCGGAAGAAAAGGAAGACACCCAGGAAAAGAAGGAAGUAAAUAAGGACGACACUCAACAGGUCACUUCACUGCCGCGGACUAGGUUUUUUUUAUACUUUUAUUUAUUUUAAAAUUAAAUCUAUAAGUAAUACAACAUGCCGUACGGACCGUGGAAGAAGAAAAACAAAUCCACGAAGGAGCACUUGGUCGAAAACGAGGAGGUGAGCGGCGGACACGCAGGUGUCGGAAGCUCGGGUAAAUCCGCCGUGAACGGAGGAGCGGGGCUCCCGCCUCCACCUGCCAACCUCCGGCCCAAACUGGUCUUUCACACGCAGCUGGCCCAUGGGAGUCCGACCGGCAGGAUUGAGGGAUUUACCAACGUAAAAGAGCUGUACUCCAAGAUAGCAGACGCGUUUAAUAUAAACGCACCUGAGAUCCUGUUCUGCACUCUGAACACCCACAAGAUCGACAUGGAGAAGCUGCUGGGGGGUCAGAUCGGCCUGGAGGAUUUUAUUUUCGCCCACGUUAAAGGAAUCAAAAAGGAAGUGGAAGUGUACAAAUCUGAAGACGCUCUCGGCCUCACCAUCACCGACAACGGAGCCGGAUUUGCUUUUAUAAAGCGAAUCAGAGAGGGCAGCGUCGCAGACAGGGUGAAGGUGAUAUGUGUGGGCGACCACAUAGAGUGCAUCAACGGGCGCAACAUCAUUGGGACGCGGCACUACGAGGUCGCCCGCAUGCUGAAGGACCUGCCCCGAGACAAACCCUUCACCCUCAAACUGGUGGAGCCGAUGAAGGCUUUCGAAAUGCUGGAGCCACGUUCAAAAGGCGGCAAACCAGGCGGGGACAACAAGGUCGGCACCGGGAGGAGCACCCUGAGACUCCGGUCCAAAGGUCCGGCUACUGUAGAAGACGAGCCCACAGAAUUCGAGGAGAAAGCCAUAAAGAAAGUGGACGACCUCCUGGAGAGCUACAUGGGCAUCAGAGACACUGAACUCGCCGCUACGAUGGUUGAAGUGGGCCGGGACAAGAAGAACCCAGACGAGUUCGCCAUGGCGCUCGACGAGACCCUCGGAGACUUCGCCUUUCCCGACGAGUUCGUCUUCGAUGUGUGGGGGGCCAUCGGAGACGCCAAGCAGGGAAGGUUUUAGGGUUUCUGUGUCCCCUCCCUCCACAUCACACACACGUUGGCUUUUCUAUCCUCGUGGGGACUUGGCAUUGACGUCCAUUUUCCAGUCAUUUCUAUAGCCUAACUCUGACCUUUUACCCCAAACCGAACCACCUCAGUACUAGCCUGGCCCUUGCCUUCCUACGCAKUUCCACUCRAUUCUAGUUUCCCUUCACUGCUCCGUCUGGGA